CAUAUUCUCUUAUCAUUGAGACCCUUUGUCCCUUCCCAAGAUCUCAUUGCCUUUCCCUCCUUUACAGGGGAGAGAGAUAGUGCAACCGUAAUCUUCAAGUUCUCAUCUUUUUGUUUCUUUUUGUUCAGAGACAUUGGCCCAGAAGAACUUGCAACAUAUUUCAGAUCUGUCUCUUUGCUUUCACUUCAGGGUCAAAGUGAGGAAUGCAAAGAAAAUGGGGAGGAAGAGAAAUUGGUUUUCUACGGUGAAGAAAGCUCUAAGCCCUGAGUCAAAGGAGAGGAACGAUCAGAAAUCAAGUAGAUCAAAGAAGAAAUGGUUUGGGAAGGAAAAAUUGCAGACUUCAGAGUCGCCGUCAGAAACUGAUAAAGCACCUCCUCUUCCUCCACCUGAGAUUAUUUUAACUCAUGUUGAGAGUGAAACCAGCCCCGAUAACAUUGAAGUUGCAACUGCAGUGGACGCUGAGAGACCUGUUCCUGUUGUUGAGACAGUAGCUGCUGAGGUUCAUGCCACUACAAUUGUUCAGUUUGCCAGUAAACCAACGGAUGAAGUGGCAGCAAUCAGGAUUCAAAAAGCUUUUCGGGGAUACUUGGCAAGAAGAGCAUUGCGGGCUUUAAGGGGCCUUGUCAGGUUGAGAUCACUUAUGGAAGGGCCAGUGGUAAAACGUCAAGCCAUUAGUACCCUCCGUUCUUUGCAGACUUUUGCUCAUUUGCAAUCUCAGAUUCGUUUGAGGAGGCUCAGGAUGUUAGAGGAGAAUCAAGCUCUACAAAAGCAGCUCUUACUGAAGCACACUAAAGAGCUAGAGAGCAUGCGGAUUGGGGAGGAAUGGGAUGACAGCAUCCAAUCAAAAGAGCAAGUUGAAGCCAAGUUACUAAGCAAGUAUGAGGCUACUAUGAGAAGAGAAAGAGCAAUGGCUUAUUCAUUCUCUCAUCAGCAAAACUGGAAGAACUCGUCAAGAUCUAUAAACCCAAUGUUCAUGGAUCCAACCAAUCCAGCCUGGGGCUGGAGCUGGUUGGAGCGUUGGACGGCAGCCCGGCCAUGGGAGAGCCAUAGCCUGAUGGAGAAAGAGAAGAACGACAAUUCAUCUGUAAGAAGUUCUAGCCGUGGCAUUACCAGUGCUGAAAUCAGCAAAGCAUUUGCUAAAUUUCAGCUUAAUUCUGAAAAGCUUUCUCCAACAGCCAGCCAAAAUCCAGGCUCACCUAGCUUUGAGUCUCAUUCACAUUCCCAUUCAAAUCCUCCCAAGCCUGCUUCUCCAGCAGUUGCUAAGAAACUGAAGAAAGUGAAUCCAAAGGACAUGUUGGUGAUAGAUGAUGACACCAAAAGCAUGGCAAGUGUCCAGUCAGAGCGGCCACCCCGUAGGCACUCCAUUGCUGGAUCAACAGUGAGAGAUGAUGAAAGUCUUGCAAGCUCUCCAGCAGUUCCAAGUUACAUGGUGCCAACUAAAUCUGCCAAAGCUAAGUCCAGGAUGCAAAGUCCAUCAUUAGCUGCAGAAAAUGGAACAACCCCAGAUAAAGGAUCCUCUGGGACUGCAAAGAAACGCCUUAGCUUCCCAGCUUCACCUGCCAGACCAAGGAGGCAUUCAGGUCCACCAAAGGUAGAAAGCAACUUCAGUGCAGAAAUCACUGUAGGCAAUGGUGUGGCUGGUUGAACAUGAAAAGGAUGGAAAGCAAGCAUGUGAAAUAUCAUGGAAAGAAUAAAAAAAGUUCAUUUGAAUUGUCCCUUUUGUUUAUUUAUUUAUCAUGUGUAUCUUAAUCUUAUUAUCAUUUCUUGGAGGCUAUUGAUUUGGGGGUGAAAACUGUUUUACCUGCUACAUUUAUCUAUUUGUAUUGUCAUGUAUCUACUCACAAUUUGUGCUGA